UCGUCGAUUUCAAUGCAUGGACUGAGCCAGAGACCGCAGCGGUCGAGUCCUAUCAGAUCUCUGAAAGUCGGAAACACAUAGCGACUGCAGGCGACAGCGGAUACAGCAUAUGAAGGUGGCGAUCUUGAGCAAACAACACCCGUGGCUUUGCUCCGAUACAAUUGCUGUCGUUGGCAAUGCGAGCUUUCCAGAUUUUGACCUCGACGCCUAUGAUAUCGGGGGUGAGCUCAUUUGGGAUGCGCCAAAGCCAGACUUGUCCUUUGUGACACAUUACAUGGUCUACAUGGCAAGGUGGCCUGUCAGGAUUCCAACAAGAUCGCAAGAGACAAGACGUUUCGAGGCCUCCAAUGAGCACGGCUGUGAAAGUGCUGCACUACUUGCUUAUUCUGCAGUCGAACAUCUAGGGUGCGUCUGUGCUAUGGACCCUGGUACAUCUCCCUUUUGCCCUAUCGUCCCUGGAUCCUCCCUUGAACUGUUUGAAACUCGGGCGCAUUAA